GGACUGCAGGGUAAAACUGCGUAGCUAGUUGUAGUUUUUUAGAUAAUAAAAGAAUUCUAGUCUUUUACACCGUGUGAUACAUACAUACAGUCGCUAGUUGUAGUAAAAGACAAGAUUCCUUCCGAUCGGAUCAACGCAAAUGGCGAAUUGGGAAGAUAUAAAAUAAAAACGGUCGACUAGAAUUCCUCGGAGUUUUCACCGAGGACUUGGCAAUAAUUAGCUGCUUUACCGAGGGGGGUGGGUGCUUCGAUUCGAAGCACCCAGGUGGCAACGCAAUGACGCGUCCGGGCCAAUGGCGCGCCUCCACGUCACCGCAUCUUUUUUGACAAACUCCUUGUGCUGGCCGCUUUGACUUUUACACAACUUGGUUGUGAAUCGAUCAAACGCUCUGAUUUUUCUCCCUCCUUUUUUUACUGGUAUUUAAAAAUGUUUACUGCUAUUUAAAAUUCCCAUCUGAGCAGCGCAUGUACUGUACUCCAUCUGGUGGCCUACGCUUGCUUCCGAAUAAAGAAAAAUCGACCCGCCCCGCGGGCCGUCACAUGCGCUGCUCAGAUGGUGUGCGGGCCCCGCACCGGCCCGGAUCAUCAUGCGCCGCGCACACAUGGGAAUGGAGCCCGCCUGGCGUCACUUUGAAAAGAAAAGAAAAAUUAUCUCCUUUCUUUCUCUCCCUCCCUCCCACCAUUGUUUGCUUACAGCUCGUAGCCAAGAUCACAUUUUGAUUACCGCUCUAGGGGUAGAUUAGCAAAGCUAUCCCAUCAUCCAUCCAUUCUCCAACGCGUCUUUUUCAAAAGGGCAGGGAUUUGUGCAACGUCUCUGCCAAAAAUUCAAAUUCGUCCGCCCAUUUUUGUAGGCGUAUCUUUGGAAUCAAUAAAUAGUUGGCAGGCGAUCGAUUGUUGAGACAGAUGGCGAGCGGCGGAUUCGUGGAGGAGAUGAUGAGGGAGCAGAGCCUCCUGGAGGCGACGUGCGGCGACCUCUUCGACCACAUCGACGACCUGCUCCACUUCCCCAAGGAGGACUCCGCCGCCGACGUGCUCCUCCUCGACGCGCCCGCGCCCGGCAGCCCGCUCUCGGCGCGCAUCAUCGACGUGGGCAUGUGCCGCGGCAAUGCGUCGCCGCGGGGCCCGUCCCCGCCCGCGAUGGAGCCGCUGAUGGCGCUGCCCCCUCCCGCGACGGACGACGUCUUCUUCGACGCCGCCGCGGGGGCGCAGGUGUUCGACGCCAAGGACGGCGGCCACAUUGGCUCGUGCGAUGAACUGGACAUGGACAUGGCGCAGCUGGAGUGGCUGUCGGGCCUCUUCGACGACGCCUCCAUCCCGAACGAGCCGGCCUUCCCGGGGGCCAACUGUGCCGCGCCCAUCAAGAGCUCCGCGCUGGCGGCCAACGCCGGCGUCGCCAUGCUGCCGGACAAGCUGGAGGACGCGCUCUUCCGGAGCUCCAGCCCCAUCUCGGUGCUCGAGCACAACAGCUUCAACGCUAAUAACAAUGUGGGCUCCGCGUCCUCGUCCUCGUCCUCGGCGUCAUCCUCCUCGGAGUCCUCCUCCGGGAGCGGCGGCCACGCGUGGUCGGUGCCCGUGUCACCGCGACCGGAACCGCCGGUGCUCCUCAUACCGGCGCGCGCGCGGAGCAAGCGCUCCCGCCCGUCCGCGUUCACCGGGGGGCGCGCCGUGGAAACCCCCACCAUCCUUGUGCCGACACCCAUGUACUCCUCCACCUCCUCCCACUCGGAUCCCGAAAGCAUUGCCGAAUCCAACUCUCAAACCGCGCCGCCCAUGAAAAAAAAGAAGGCCAGGAAGCUGGCACCCCCUGCCCCGGCCGCCUCCGACGCCGACGCUGACAACGACGGCGACGCCGACUAUGAGGAAGGCGGCGGUAGCGCCCUGCCGCAGGGCGCCGUGAGGAGGUGCACACAUUGCCAGAUCGAGAAGACGCCGCAGUGGCGCGCGGGGCCUCUGGGGCCCAAGACGCUCUGCAACGCCUGCGGCGUGCGCUACAAGUCCGGGCGCCUGUUCCCAGAGUACCGCCCCGCGGCCAGCCCCACCUUCGUGCCGUCCAUCCACUCCAAUUCCCACAAGAAGGUGGUGGAGAUGCGCCAGAAGGCUGUCCGGACCGGCGACCCGUCCUGCGACCUCCUGCAGUUCAUCCGCCGCCGGGAUUGACGUCCCGGCGUCGUCAGACGCUCGGUCGGUCUCGUCCCCCUUAGCUAUAUAUGUAUACAUGUUAGUAUGCCAUGGUUGCUUCAGUCGUCAGUCGUCGUCGUCUUCAUCGUCAUCAUCAUCACCAUGGACAUGGGACAGUACUCAGCAUUCCAUCAAUCAUCGCCUGCAUUGGUUUCUGUCAGCAUCGAUCCAUCGCCGGUGAUCCUGGCGUUAGUUCAUUAGGGCUUUUCUCCGGGGGUUUGUUUUAUCUUUCUUUUUUGUCUAUUGAUUAAUUGGUUCCCCUGAAUAUUUUUUUGUUUGUAUAGAGAGAGAGGAGGGUGAGGAGGGCAGGAGAAAUAGAGGAAUCAGAGGUGGUUGUUGCAUUGCAGUUGCAGUUGCUUGCAAGUUAGGUAGGUGAGAAGGAGAGCUAAACCAGCAGCAGAGAGAGACAGAUUUAGUAGUGAGGAAACUUUGCAGCUAGUCAGUCAGUCAAUUAGUAAAAAGGGGGUGUUUGAAGCAAGUGAAGGGGGAUUUGUUGGUUUGCUGAUUAGAAGAAGAUUCUGUCAGGUAGUAGCUAUCAGUCAGGAAUUGAAAGAUAAAGAGGGGGACAUCCAUCCAUCCAUCAGAGUCAGUCUGUAUUGGAGCUUUUGGUGUACUGAACUCUGAAAUUCUUUUUGCAGUUCAUCUAUGUUUAGGGAUUGAUAAGUGUUGUUUGGUUUCUAUACUAGUAGUACUACCUACCUUUAGUCAUAUAAUUAUAUUCCCUUUUGUUUCUCUCC